UUCAAAAAGAUUUUUUUAUAUUUUACAGUUGGCAUUGAAUGAAUUCAGAUUGAUUUUCUGUGUUUAUCUAUGCAUCGGCCAUUUUAAGUGGUCUUUUUGUUCCUUGAGUUAAGCCUUGACAUGUCGGCCCAUCUGGUCUGGAGCAUUAUCCGCAACAACAAUGCGUUUUUGCUGAAAAAACGCAACAUAAGCAAACCGUUCAGUACUGAACCUAACAACCUUACGAAUUUGAGCUCCUACCGUUAUAAUGGAUUGGUGCACAAAAAAUCCCUAUCGGUGGUAGACGCCCUCGACAAGAAAGGUGACAAGAAAGGCUUCACCGUCAUAUAUAAGAAGGCCAAGAAGCAGCGCAAACCCAGGCAGAACCUGGUCAAGAGGACCAUGAAGUCCGGUCCGAGGCGGUCCUUGUACAAACUGAAACGCCUGCUGAAGGCUAACAAAUACCGCACGGACUUGACGAAGGCUGCCUUGCGGCGGGCCAGCGCAGUGCUCAGGUCCCAGAGGAAGCCCAUAGCAUCCAAGAAGCCCAAGGCCACAAAGGAGAUCGCUUAAGCAUAUUGCUAACAUUUAAAUUAAUAAAUAAAACCAAUUUUUUAAGAAUUA